AUGACGUGUAAUAAAACCACUACUAAAAUUUUGAUUGGGACUACGGGUAGCGUUGCAAGUAUUAAACUGCCAUUACUUUUUGAAAAUGUAGAAUUAAAAAUCAUUUCUACUGAUAGAGCUUUACAUUUUUUUGAUAAAGAAGCAAUAAAGAAAGAUUAUGGAAUACAAGUCACAACGGAUGAAGACGAAUGGAAGUAUCGAAAUUGGGCAGAUGUUUUUUUAAUUGCACCAUUGGAUGCUAAUACACUUGCAAAAAUAGCAAAUGGAUUAUGCGAUAAUUUACUUACUUGUAUAUUAAGGGCAUGGGAAUUGGGAAAACCGGUGAUAGUAUGUCCAGCAAUGAAUACUCAUAUGUGGAAUAAUCAAUUUACUGCACAGCAUUUAUCGAUUCUAAAGAAACAAUUAAAUUUUGACAUUAUUCAACCAAUUAGUAAAACUUUGGCUUGUGGAGACACAGGUGUUGGAGCAAUGGUUGAAGUUUAUACGAUAGUUGAAUAUAUUCAAAAUAAAUUGCUUUUAAUACGAAAGUCUGAAAAUAAAGAUUGA